AUGGACGGCAUCAGUGAUACUGCCUCUCUUGCCGCCCUUGUCGAGUUAGCGGCUACUAUUAUUGACUAUGUGAGGAAAGUCGUCGACGCGCCAAUUCAAAGAAAAAGACUACUUGCUGCGCUUAUUCAAGCACGAGGGCUACUGUCCACCCUAGUCGAACUUACGAACGAAGUUGGAGAUGAAGAUUGGUCAUAUUCUAUUCAGAGCUUAUCUGCACCCUAUGGGCCAUUAUCUACGUUCCAGGAGCUUCUGGAGAAUAUGACUAAAAAGUUAGGUAUAACACCUGGUGGCAAAAUCAUAACUGCCUUUAAUCGACUCCGGUGGCCGCUUGAUCAAACCAGUCUUGAAAAUAUGAUUACUUCACUAGAAAAGCUCAAGUCACAUUUCCUCCUAGCUAUGACGAAUGACCACAUUCGGCUUUCCAAGACAAUUCGAGAUGAGCUGCACAAAGUUGAAAGACAUAUGACUGAAGCUACGAUGCGUAUUCAAAGGCAAACUAUAUUGUCGCUUUCUAGGGAGCAAGAGCUCAUUGUGAAUUCUUUAUCUUUAGGAAACCUGUACCGCGAGUUGGACAGAGACAAAAUCAUGGAGAAGAGGGCCAGCACUGAAUGGUUUCUACGGCACAGUACCUUUAAACAAUGGCAUGAUGCGAUAUCUGGACCAAGCACCCUAGUGCUUACAGGCUCUCCGGGGUCAGGCAAAUCAUCGACCUGCCAGGCGACUCAUUUCUUUCUCAAAGCCUGGCAUCAGUCAGAAAUUGAUGUCUGCGUCGCAUACUUCGCCUUUGAAUAUCGACAGCGAGAGACGCUCAGCGAGUCUCUGGUGUUAUCUAACAUCAUACAGCAGAUAGUGUUGCAACGUCCUUACCUCGUGGAGCACAUUGUCAAUAUGAGAGUCACAGGUGGCGCGCUGUCUUUAGUUGAGAGUGUAGGCCUGAUCAGUCAGAUUCGGCGUGACCUCAAACAGCUCUAUCUUAUACUUGAUGGGUUGGACGAAUGUGAAAGAACGAGUCGAAAUGUUGUUGAGGCUCUUCUUCAAAUUGACCUGCCCCUAAGAAUUGUAGUUGCAGGUCGAGGAAUAGACGUAUCCUCAUGGUCUCUCCGAAAUAGUGUUACAGUCAAUGUCGACGACUGUAUUACUUUAUCUGACCGCCUUGAUUGUAUAAACAAGAUGCUGGAGGAAAAUCCCCGCAUAGCAGCAUAUCUUGAUUACAGUCCCGAGAACAUCGCCAAGGCAGCCAAACUCAUAGUUGAACAGAGUAAUGGAUCGUUCAUAAUCAUGACUUCCAUGGUAAAAUCUCUGGCUCAAUCAGAGACUAGAGCCACGUUUGAACGUCUGCUCAGCAAUACAUAUCCAAGCCUCAUGGAAGUUUACGAAUUGAAGCUUGACGAUGUCAUGCACCAACCAGCGGAACUCGCAGCCUUGGCCAAUAAAGUUCUUAGGAUGAUGCUAGCAGGUCCUGUGCGCGUUAGCCAAUUGAAGACCACUUUAACCCCUGAAUUAAAGGACGUCGCAUCAGCACAGGGUCUUGGCAUGGACCUCACAGAUGAAGAGAUAGCUAAGGUCAUUUGUUCAAGUUGCAAAGGCUUCGUCUCUGCUAGUGACCUCGGCACACCCGGACUGCGAAUACACCUCGCUCAUCAAAGUGCCAUGGACUUUUUGAAAACUCAUGGCAUCGCUGAAUAA